UUAAUACUUUAUUUAAAGUGUUUUCAAACAGGAUUUUGUGAUUUUACAAAAGAAAAGACUUCAAGGAUGAAGACCUGGUUGUUGUAUCCGUUAAUGUACGUCCGGUUAACCGCCACACGUCCGUUAAAGAGCAGCUUACUACGGACCACUGCCUCCCUCACAGUGGGUGAGAGACUGUAGCUACACUCAUGAACCAUUGGCUGGAAGUGGAGGAGCUGCUAAAUAAAUCAAGUGCACCGAUACGUUUGUUGACAUCACGUGUUUUGGGGUUUUUCUCGCGGGCUUUGAAGGCGGACCACCACCUACCUGCAGCACUGUGUGACUAAAGGUAGGAUUUAUCAGGACUUAACAGAGGUCAUCUACUCACCAGAGCUCUGCUUUAUAAUCGGGACUACUUUCACACUGUAAGACUGUGAGAGAUGCCACCAAAGACAAGGGCCAGAGUCAGUAAAAGAGCAGCUGAUUCAGGCAAAGACGAUGAUGGUAAAACAGCUGUCGGUAAAAGGAAGAAGACGGGAAAGGCGAAGGAGAGCUCAGUAUCAGCUGGUUCUCCAGAGUACUGCCACUGGCUGAUGAAGUCUGAGCCCGAGAGCCGCUUUGAGAACGGGAUCGACGUGAAGUUCGGGAUCGAGGAUCUGAAGGCUUUGCCUAAUCAGACUGGCUGCUGGGAUGGCGUCCGCAAUUAUCAGGCGCGCAAUUUUAUGAGGCAGAUGAAAGUCGGGCAGUUGGCUUUCUUUUACCACAGCAACUGCAAGGAACCGGGCAUAGCAGGAGUCAUGAAAAUUGUGAAGGAAGCCUAUGUGGACCACACUCAGUUUGAUAAGAAGGAUGUCCAUUUUGAUGCAAACAGUAAACCAGACAACCCCAAGUGGAGCAUGGUAGAUGUUCAGUAUCAAAGAAUGACGAAGCGUUUUCUUCCUCUGUCCGAGUUGAAAAAGUACCACCUGCAGCAUCGCGCUGCAGGAGGGCCUCUAAAGGACAUGGCGCUUUUCACAAGAGCCAGACUCUCUGUGCAACCCCUAACCACUGAGGAGUUUGACUUUGUCCUGAGUUUGGAGGACAAAGAGCCUUUGUGAGGAUUUGGACCAACUGAUGCUUUCUGACACUGAAAUCAUGAAGCAGCAGCAGCUUACUGUUUUUUCUUCUCUUGUUCAUAAAUGUUAUUAAAUGUGUUUUGCUCAAA